AUGGUCUCAGAAGGGCCGCCUCGACAUGCCAUUGUGCCCGAUUCGACCAUCCUCACUCCCGACACCACUACUCAUGCCCUAGGUCCUAGCCCGUGUGCCUCGUCCAGUACAGCGUCGACACCUGGACAAAGAGCCACCAGAUCAGAUUGGCAAGUAGGCAAUGCCUUAUUUGAUCUCCAGAUGAAGCCAUUCCAUGCUCCAGAUCAUGGGAUAACUGUUUCAUCUAGCCCUGGUCCCCCGCAAGAGGACAAAGUGCCGGCUGCUAGUCUCAACCCAUAUCGCGAUGGUCGUAUCAGGACCGCGGUGCCAAGCAAGCUUAAGGGCAGGACGAACAUGAAGCAAGGUAACUUCAGUGUUAUGCAUAUGCACAUCCAGAAGCCGCAAAUAACGGAGCGCGACCUUGCGGCCAAGCUUACAAGUGAACGAACUGCUGCUGCUGCCAAACUUGCGAGUGCUCAAGGGUAUCGCUAUCCAAGGAGACCGCGGCCACCACACACAGCGGCUCCUCGGAAUCUUCCACAAUCUCUCUCAAAUCCCCCUUCAGUAACUGCAGACAUUCACGGGCCACUUUCUCAGCCUCCACCCCGCCGAACUGUUGUGCCAUAUGAAGAGCGGCGAGCAGAGACGGGAUCUGCACAGGCCAGCGCAAGGCUCGAAGAGAAUCCAUUGACGGAACCAGAUAGCAUGGAAAAUGUUGAAAGAGAAAUUCUAGCAGAAUCAACUAAAGGAGACGUCACACCCGGGGACGACCAUGAACAAGAGGACGCUCCAUUGUUAGAUUCGAACUCGGCACAGGACGUCAGCAUGAACCAGUCGAACGAAAUUGCCGCUCCAGUAGAUCCCACACAGGAGGCUAACAGAGAACAGCCUGCCAUUACGAAGCUCUUGACAACAAUUCUUUCACCGGAAGAGCACUACCAAAAGGCCAUCGAAACCCUCAACAGGGAGACCACGAGGUAG